GCUGUCUCCGAGUGGUCUCGCGCUUCACGCUGCUGCCGCCGCCGCUCAGCAGAUCAGACGCACGGUCGCGAAUGACCGUAAAGCACGCCAAGCCGCUGCUGUAUCUGUGGACAUUUGCUUCCUCGGAGCCCGUUUGACUCUGGAGUAUCCAAGCGGGAUUGUUAGUCUGUGUAAGAGAGACACAGAGAGAGCAGUGAAGGAGGAGGAGGAGGCCACUCCUUUGAUAAACUGUGCAAACGCACAAAAAGCUCGCUCAUACAGCUGCUGCUGGCUUCUGUUUACAUUCAGCAGAUGUGUUCGGACUCAUAAAUCACUCGAGCGCUGUGUUUGGAUCAUCUGCGUUCACGAUUAUUCCCGUGUCGUGAUCUUCAAAGAGGAAACAAUGUAACCUGGAAACACGAAUGCAGACUUCCUUGGUUACGUGGAUCUCAGUGCCAUGGCAGUAACGCAGUGGGCCCUUCAGACAGCCAGACCUCAUAAACACCUGUCAAGAACGAACGCUGGGAUCCGGCUUUUGUUCUAAAAGCUGAAUCAAACGGAAGCAAGGAAAUCCAGUCUUGCUAGAGUUGAGAAGAUCCUACAGCAGCAGUGAGCCGGGCCGGAGUGAGGUGAAAGCACAGGCACAUCGCAGCCAUGCUGGAGGAGGACAUGGAAGUGGCCAUCAAGGUGGUGGUGGUGGGGAACGGAGCAGUCGGGAAGUCCAGUAUGAUCCAGCGAUACUGCAAGGGCAUCUUCACGAAGGACUACAAAAAGACCAUCGGGGUUGACUUUCUGGAAAGACAGAUCAUAGUUAACGGUGAGGACGUCAGGCUGAUGUUGUGGGACACAGCAGGACAGGAGGAGUUUGAUGCCAUCACCAAGGCCUAUUAUAGAGGAGCUCAGGCCUGUGUGCUGGUCUUCUCCACCACCGACAGAGAAUCCUUUGAGGCCAUCAGCAGCUGGAGGGAGAAAGUGGAGAUGGAGGUCGGGGACAUUCCCACCGUCCUGGUGCAGAACAAAAUCGAUUUGCUGGACGACACGGUUAUCAAAAAUGAGGAGGCUGAAGGUCUCGCUAAGAGGCUGAAGUUGAGAUUCUAUCGGACAUCAGUAAAAGAAGAUCUGAACGUCAAUGAGGUUUUUAAGUAUCUAGCUGACAAAUAUCUGCAACGACUCAAGCUACAGUCAGCAGAGGAGACCGAGGUUGUUCACAUGUCCAGCAAUAAAAUAGGCGUUUUCAACACUACAGCCCACCAGACCGCCGGCGAUCUGAACGGCCGUGAGAUCAUAAACCUGCGCCCAAACAAGCAGAGGACCAAGAAAACAAAAAACCCCUUCGGUAGCUGCAGACUGCUGUAGAAUGGCUUUGAUUCACUGCAUGCCUUGCUGGGAAUUGAUGAGCUUCAUUAGCACUAAUUAGAGUUCAAGGAAGGUCCCGCGUCCACUCUGAACGCGUGUAAUCCAGAGCAGAUCCGUCAUAAUGUGUGUGUGUGUGUGUGUGUGUGUCUGUGUGUGUGUCU